AUGGUAUCUUUGCUUGAUCUGCCCGAGGAAUUGCUCUGUGCUGCGUUUGAGCACCUCGUAUCAGAAAAUGACAUGAACUCUAUUGCCCGGACCAAUCGCUACCUUUUUGGACUGUUCAAUCCCCGCCUCUAUAACCACAACGUCGAGUAUUCUGAUGGCUCAGCCUUGACAUGGGCUGCCAGGUAUGGACAGCAGAAUACAGCACGGGCGAUCUUAAGCACAAUGGCAAGCACCAACACUAGCCAAAUUCGAAUCCAAAGUCGAAUCCAAGAAGGGUUGGUCUGGGCAGCAGAAGGAGGCCACUACCUCAUCGCCGAGUUGCUGUUGAAUCAAGGCGCUGACUUGAACGAUGGUGUCGCUCUGCAGACGGCUUCACUGGCAGGCCAUGAGUCGCUGGUGAAGCUGUUCAUUGACAAGGGUGCCGAUGUCAACUGCCCGGGCGGAGGAUAUGGCAGCGCCCUUCAAGCGGCUUCCUGCAAGGGCCACGAGCUGGUGAUGAAACUCCUCAUCGACAACGGCGCCGACGUCAAUGCUCAAGGCGGAGCAUACGGCAGUGCCCUCCUAGCGGCUUCCCAGGAAGGUCACGAGCAGUCAUUGAAGCUACUCAUCGAGAGCGGCGCCGACAUCGAUGCCCAAGGUGGAAUAUAUGGCAACGCCCUCCAGGUGGCUUCCUGGAGAGGUUACGGGCAGCUCGUGGAACUGCUCAUCAGCCAUGGCGCCGAUGUCAACUCCCAAGGCGGAGCACUGGGCAGCGCUCUCCAGGCAGCUUUGAUCGGGCGCCACGAUGAUCUAGCGAAGCUGUUGAUCAACGACGGUGCUGAUGCCAACGCCCAAGGCGGAGAGUGUGGCAACGCCCUCCAAGUGGCUGUGAUAAACGGCCAUAAAGAGCUAGUGAAGCUGCUGAUCAGCCAUGGAGCUGAUGUCAAUGCACAGGGCGGGAAAUUUGACAAUGCACUCCAGGCGGCUUCUUCUAGAGGCCAUGAAGAGCUGGUGAAGCUGCUCAUCGAGCAUGGCGCUGAUGCAAGCAACCUCAUCGAGAGGCUACAUAUCGGUAGCUAA